GCUGUAUGCUCAUCCCAGGACAACAAAACACCCAGACAGAAAAUAAAGCAAAUUGCUGCAGUGCACCAUGGCUCAGGACGGGGUGAUACUGCAGUUCAACUUUCCCACAUUCGGGGACUCCAUGCUUCAAAAGAUGGAUGUUCUUCGUCGAGACAGACGUUUCUGUGAUGUUGUGGUCCACAUCAAUGACUUGGAAGUGCCUGGACACAAAGUGGUCUUUGCCGCUGGCUCCCCUUUCCUUAGAGACCAGUUUGUCCUUCAGGACUCACAUGAAGUACAGAUAUCUACACAGCAGGAUGCAGAAGUUGGACAGAAGCUUCUUCUGUCCUGCUACACUGGGACACUGGAAUUUCCAGAGCUGGAAUUAGUACACUAUUUAACAGUUGCUAGUUUCCUCCAGAUGGGUCACAUUGUAGAGCAGUGCACCAAAGCUCUAAAUAAAUUCAUAAAACCACAUGAGGUCAAAGACGAGCGUGCAUCAUCCCGACAGCCAUCGGACUUCAACGCACAGCGUGGCCAACCAGCUGUGGAGACGGUAUGUGAUGAAGAGGAUGAGGUGGACAAUGAUGGCGAAGAUGACAUUGAUGAUGAUGAUGAUGUUGUGAUCAUACAACCCAAGUCUCCGCCUGUGUUUAGAAACUCUCAGAGCAACAGCAGAGGAGAGGAAAGUCCCAUUAGCAUCGUUAAGGUAGAGUCAAUAGAUGAGCGAAUGCCUGAUAACUUCCAGCGUCGCUCAAGUCGCUCGCCAACACUGCGCUCACCAGAGCCACAGCACUCCCUGAUAAACUCCACAGUGGAAACCCGACCUGCAGAAAUCGCCAUCAACCCCGCAGCUGAAUAUUCGCUGUCCCCACCUGGACCCAGCGGCUCCGGGAAAGGGAAUCUUUGGGGAUGCUCAAGGAAUGCCGAUAAGGGUAUGCAGUGGUACCACCAGUGCCCUAAAUGUGCUCGUGUGUUCCGUCAGCUGGAGAACUAUGCCAACCAUCUGAAGAUGCACAAGCUGUUUAUGUGCCUCCUGUGUGGAAAAACAUUUACCCAGAAAGGAAACCUACACCGGCACAUGCGUGUCCACGCUGGCAUCAAACCCUUCCAGUGUAAGAUAUGUGGAAAGACUUUUACUCAGAAGUGUUCGCUGCUAGACCACCUGAACCUUCACAGUGGGGACAAACCACACCGAUGUAAUUACUGCGACAUGGUGUUUGCACAUAAACCAGUUCUCCGUAAACACCUGAAGCAGAUCCAUGGAAAAAACAGUUUUGAUAAUGCCAAUGAAGGCAGUUUGAUUGAAGGACUAUAAAUUCAUAUUAACGUCUAAAUAAAUUAUAUUAAUAUACAUGACGUAGACACAAUUUGUCUUGAAGUCACAAUUCUGUAUAAAAGUGGUUCUCAACCAGGAGGUCAGGGUGCAAUAGGGGGCCCCAGUAAAGGGCCGUUCACUGCAAGGACGAUAAUUAUAAAAAUAAUGAUAAACGAUAUAGUUUCAAAAAUCAUUCUCAAUGUAAAGAAAUAAAUAAGUCCACACCUCUACCAUAACAAUAACAGCACAUUGGAACAAUAUUGUCGGAAUCACUUUUUUUUUUUACGAUAAAAACAUUGACAGCCAGUCAGAUUCCAAUCAGUUUUAAAGAGCGUGAGCAUGUAAAGCAGUCGAUGACAGAACUGCAGCACGUGUUCAUAAUAAACAUUACAUUAUUGUACACUGAUGUGGACACAUAUAGUUAUCAUUACGGUUA